ACACACGCCAACAUUUCUACUGCAUUAUAAAUGCACCCCAAGUAUUUCCUCUUGCCAAGGGAGCUAAAGGCAUUUGUAGAAUACGACGAAAACCAUGGUAAUUUUGAUUAAUCGUGGAGGAAAUAAAGUCUUUCAUAUCAUUCGCAAUUAAAAAUGAGGGACAAGAAGAAGGAAAUGCUGAUUUAAAAAAUCGUGAAUAUCCGGCUUGAAAAUUGAUGCUCGUUCGCUCUCCCCACACAAAAACACACGUCUCACUCACACACACGCACACAACACUCGCACAUACGCACACCCCUGGCGCACACAAAGGAUGCACGGGAAAAAAUGUGUGUGUCGCCUUUUCGCGCAUGUGUGUAUCGCCUACUACGAGAAGGAUGCGGGUCGAGAAGGAAGGGAAAAAAAUAACCAGCUGCUAGACUGAGAUAAACCGGGCUUUGUUGGGAACCGUUCUUUGUCCUUUUUAUCUAUCCCGGUACCCCGUUUCUCUUUAAUAACCCCCUGUUAUGGUCCUGACUGGCACGCGACCGGCACACGAAUGAGAGACCUAUUGGUGUGAGGAUGUAGUGGGAGCCCCUCUCUCUUUGGAAGCCGGGUCGAGCUUUACCACUAGGAGAUGAACACGUACAAAUUGAAGAUAUCUUCCCGGUGCGGAUACAUGACCAGACGCUCAGCAAUGAAGUGAUGCGUGGCUCCAAUCUGAGACCGAUACCCGCAUAAACAACCAGACAUCCCUCUCAAGAUCAAGUACGGCUUUAUAAAGAAGCAAGCAUACCCGUAGAACUACGUGGCUACAACCAAUCCUUAAAUGGCAUAGGAUUUGCUUUUAAACUGGCAAUGCGUUUCUACACUGAAACAUGAGAACUCUAUCCCUAGGUACCCAACAAGAAAGCAAAUUAUAAGGCCCAUGCAUUUCAUAACCCAUUCGUUGUGAUAUGGUUUGAAGAUAUUACCGAGGAAUUGCGAUCCUGAUCAGUAAAUCAUCUUCGACGAUCUUGUGCUCAUCAAUAAUUGACAUUUUCAUUGAAUUGCUCGAGCGAGUACAUGCGUGAGGAGAAUCUAAUCCGGAGAAUUCUUUUUUUUGUUUUAGUCUGACAAAAAUAAACUCGACUCGAUAGAAAAUUGCUUUUAACGCAUCGCUGAAAACACUGGGACACCUUUUUGGGAAUAGUAUAAUUUGUGGCGCUCGUUUUUUUCUGGAAGCAGUUUCACACAACGGUUUUGUGGAUUUAAUUAAGAAUUUUGAUUCUGGAUUGGUUCAAGUAAAUUGGUUCAAAUAAAACAGCAAGGGAAAGGAGAUUUUCCUUGUCUAAAUGAUCAAACAUCAAAGGAUUUCUGUGAGUGAAUUGCCGAAAAAAUAACCAGGACCUUGUUUUUUUAAACAUUGGAACGGAAUAACUCCACGAACAGCGUCUUUUCUGGAUAACAGAAUUUCCCGUGGGUUAGAGAAGAUUGCCAUAGAUUCAGCCGGACUUCUAACAAAGUAGAACAUGCAAAUGAUUUGAAUUCUUAAGGAGGUAACAUGGGGAGUUCGAAUAGCAAGAGCACGACCGAAGCCUCGGCUCGGUACAGUGUGCCCAAGAAAACCCUCAAGUCAUUUCCCUGGAAGACGAUACAACGACGACAAUGCAGCGUCAACGCCUCCACAAUGACGCACUCACCACCUUCGUCCUCGGCGCCCUCGUCGCCAUCGAGAACGUCGUCAACCAAUUCCGAACCGCCAUCGCCGUCGGCGCGACCUACGGAAUACCCGCGAAACACGGGUGGUCAAAUCCGCAUCGUCAUCGACCUUGCGCGGUCGUACCAUCUCAGCACCCAUGAGAGGUCCAACAUCCGCUGGCACACCUCUUGUCAGUUUGCGCCCUUUGACGAUUCCAGGUUGGUCACGUGUGUGGGUGUGGCUAGUGACGUCACGGGUAGGCGGAUCGAUCUCAGUUCAACGCUGUACCAACGUGAUGACGUAGUCCACGUGUGGAGUCUUGAUGGUGCCAAGAAUAAAUGUUAUUCGGUGAGGAAACGUCACAACGACAAGGUUCCAGCGCACUGUCGGAUGUUAGGUGAUGGUCGCUACAUCUGUUACGCUGAAAGCAAUCGAUUGGUCUUCAGAAGCAGUUCUAACCCUAAGCACUUCUUUCUACGUGACACUCUGUUCCAACCUGGGGGAGUCUUCAAGUACUGCGCAGUAUCAUCCAACGACUCGUACGCGGCAUCCAUCGUUCAGCUGAAGAGUGUUUACAAACUGUACGUCUUUUCAACGGAUUUCUUUCUGCCGUUCUACGGCCAGGCCUGUCACGAGAUAUACCCUGCGUUUCUCAACGACUGCGGCAACAGCGGAAGGGACUCUGUCGAGUGUCGCUUUACCCCUGACGCUGAUUAUAUCGCAGUGAGUUCCUCGAAAGGAUCACUUUUCAUCGUACGUCGGCAGAACUUGACUCUCUUUCGGGGAAUCUUUCCAAGGCUAGAUUCUCAAGGAAAGUCCAUCGCGUUGUCUGGUGUCGGGGCAUAUGCGUUCCAUCCGCUCUUCUCUCACCACCUGGUGACCUGUUGCACGACGUCGCAGAGACUCGUCACCUACAAUGUCAACACCAAUGCCUGCACGCUGAGUGAACCCUUGACCGAAGACAUCGGGGUUCCAGAUCGCCUCAGCUACAACAGUGAAGGGACCAUGGUAGCGGUAGCGGGUUCCAAAUCGCGGAUAGCUGUCUUCUACUCGGACACGGCACAAGUACUGGCCAUUCUGGACACCAACAUAGACUGUACUCACUGUGCCUUGCAGAUUCGCAACCCAGUUCCUGGCUACCGGCCCCACAUCACCGAUCUAUCAUUCUCACACGACACCUCCCACAUAGCUGGGUCAUCAGAUGAUGGUCUGGUCAGGGUCUGGGAGCUACCCCCAACCAUGGAUUUGCAGAGGAUGUGUCGGCUGGCCAUACUGCGGCAGGUUCCCGCACACAAAGUGGCCCAGUUACCGUUACCUCCUCUCCUAAAGUCCUACAUCAUCGGUAACCCUCACUGAACCAAACCAUCUCUUGUCGAUGGAACACUGGAUGCCAUCUUCUAGUGCAUCUCUUUCCUGCUCCGAGAAGUAAGUAAUAAAUAGGGCAAAUAGAACGAGCACCCUCAAUGGGACACCCUCUGUGCUCAGAUGUCUGACCCUAUUCUUCAAAAUGCCUCCACCCUCGCUUUUCCCACCAAGAAACCAGCCUAAAGAAACAUUCUGCUCUAAGGAUUGGACAAGUGAACAUGAAAGAGCGCUGUACAAACUGAAUGUUAGAUAAAGUACAGCAGAUUUUUAUUUUGUUGAUCAUUAUAAAUAAGUGAACGAUAAUGGCAGCUGGACUACCAACGUUUUCUUCGCAAUUUUUCGAAUACUUGUUAAAGACAAUGCAAUGGCGAACAUUUCGUUUUUCCAAAAAACAACAACAUUGAUUCGGACUUUGAAUCAAGUGUAAAAAAAAAUAAUGGAAGUAAGUAUUUUGAUGAUAAAUCGGCGACAAAAACAGUAAAUCGACUUUUAUCUUCUGCACUAAGUUCACGUUGCCUUUCAAUGCCCUGAACUCGAAGACAAACAACUGAACUUUGACAGUUCGAAAACUUAGUACUGCAGACUCGAAACUGUUCAGUGACCACUUAUACAGAGAGACGGAUCGUCGACAAUCAUAUCACCACUAAGGUCAUCUGAAGGUCACAUUGAGAAGAGGUCGGAGAAAUGCCCCUAAAAUAUAAGCGCUAUACAGAAAUAUUACGAGAAAAUAAUAUAUUGCCCUUUCAUAUCUAGUAGUAUGGUACCUAUAUAAUUAAACGCUCGGUUGGGUUUUGUCAAAUUAAAAAAAUAUAUAUGUGGAAGGAUAAUGAUCCCAUUCCAUUUAAUUUCUCUCGAUAUGUCCCAUAUAAAAUAUUCAUUAUAAGGCUGUAAAGGAAAAGCGAGCGCUAAAUGUGUUCGAUCAAGAAUCAUCAAUUUAUCAAGUUUAUAAAGAAAAGAAGUCAAUCACACAAUGUGAUCAUUCUGGAAAGAUUGGCAGAUGGCCUCGUGCUAUCACUAAAAGAAUUUUAAUGUACAUCACUGUAAUUUAUGUUUACGAAUACAAUGAAGUCUGUAUUCACGAAUAUACAUGGAUGAAAACCUUUGAAUGUUUUAAAAAGUCAUGUAAAGGAGAACGGGAAAAUGGUCAGAAUGGCUCAUUUUGGGAAUAUCGACUAGACAUGAACGAUUGACAUGCACUAAAAAUAUAUGGGACUCGUUUCAAAACCUAUAAAUGUAUUUAUUUAUGAUUUUCUACUUAUGUGAAGAGGAUGGCGUAACUUUGAUUGAAAUUAUUUCAUCUAAUGAUGUUUUCAUUGGUAGAUCAAUUUGUGGUCGAAACGAGUCCCAAAAACUAUAUGCCAGCUGUCACACAAUGCGCAAAUAUUUAUACGAAUUUUCAUUCACACCCCUCUUUCUUUUUUGGGUAAAAAUGAAAGCUACAAUUUUUAAGGUAGAGGGGUAUCUCUCAAGUUGUAUUUGAAGGAGAUCAUGUAAUCAUCAUGUUUGGCUGAUGUUCGUUUCUAUGAUACUCUUAUUUCUGUGGCUUCCCACGUCAAACCUCAUUACUGUCAAAUAAAAGAUUUUUUUAAAUAACAUUUAUGUAAAAUACACAUGUUUUGUACAUCUUCACCGUAAAUUCAUCCCCUCCCCCAGCACACACACCCACCCACACAAUUAUGAAGCUCAGUAAUAACUCGUGCUUUUGAGAACAAAGUAUUGGCCCAAGCAUUCUUCGUUUCAAGGGUUUACCUCACCUGGGUCGAGAACGGCGCAAUGUGGAAUUACUUGUACCUGCAAGAAAUUCACACAUGAGGUAAGAUCGAACACAUAAAUCAUAACCCUCUGAUAAAUAACGAGUUAUUUGCUGUACUUUCCUAGUUAUUUUGUUGAAAGCAUCACCAAGUUGCUUAAUAAAGGCUCGGACAAACAUUUCCUUUCUUAUUGCAAAGCUUAUUUGAAUGACAAUUCUAUAUUAUCGGUGUACUGUGUGACAGCUGGCCAAACUGUAACAUACGUUAUUGAUGUGACGUAGCACUUAGAAAAAAAUAGGACGUACUUGUACUGGCUUUGACAUUAUGUGACUAUUUUGACGUUCGAUGGGCAUUAUAUAUAUCGUACUUUUUGGAAACUAUAUUCAUGUCUUGAAAACGUGCAAUUUUGGUUUUUAUAGUUAAGUCUUCGUCAGCGUUUAUCAGUAUCUGUAGCAUGGUCGAGCAAUAUUCAUGAUUAGACCUAUGAAGUACUAUGUAUGCACUUUACAACAAUAUGAUAUUACCUGUAUUUAAGGGCAGGCUUCAAUGCUUAUGUAAUAACACAGCUAAACUUAUAAAAAGGGCGUCUUUACUCUUUAAACCCCGUUUCAUCUGAUCAAAAGUCCUCUCUCAUUUGUUUUAUUUGAUAAACUGGAUUUUUAAAGGAAAUAUUGGAAAUGAUGUUUACAAACAGUCUGUUGAACAAGAGGAAAUUUUCGCAGGCUCCCCGACGCACGGCUGAUUCAAAAGCAUAUAGAAAAUGUAUUGUUCCGUUAGUGACAAUGAAAAACCUAAAAGUCUUUGUCGAAAGUUGAUGAAUCGAAAGGGCAGUUUCGCCCUGGACUCUCGACACACGACAUAUUUGCAAUUUUUGUUGUCGGUUCAGAAACUUUCAAGACGAAACUGCUGCUCCGGUUCACCAAUCUUCGACGAAGGCCUCUCAGCUGUUCUUUGUCGUUUAACGGACAUUUUCAAUAAAUUUACUGUGUUCUUGAAUCUUCGUGUAUCGCGGAGUAAAAAAUCCUCACGCUAUGUACGGUCUAGCUUAUACGUGCAGCCAUUGAGUUCGUGGGUAGCAGAUUCCUUUAUUCAAUGCACAUAAAAAUAUGUAAUUUGCAGUUCCAAUUCUCUCUGUCAGUUAUCUUUGAUAUAGUCAUCUAAUCCAUAAUCAUUUAUAAAUGUUUGUUUUUGCUUCGUUUUUCUUUUGGUUUUUCAUUGUGAUAAAUAGUUGUCAUGCGGGCUAAGUGCAAUCGUGUUUGAUAGCAAUGACCAGGCAUAUAUCAUUGGGUAAUUUGAGCAGUAUACGGUUUUGCUGCUUUCACGACCUUAAUUUUCUCGAUUCUUAUGUAUCUUUUAUGCGAUGUAAAUCGAUUGUUUUCUUUGGUGCUUAUUUCAGAUUUAUGUCACUUAAAUGUAUCAUUUGCCAGUAGGAAUUUGCCGGUAUAAUUUUCAGGGGGAAAAAGAAUCCUCAAACAUAUAUUUUGUUCAGGUCCUCACCAGAUUCAUGACCUCCGCCCCCCCCCCCAGGAUAUAAUGAUAAUUAAGGAACCAAAAACAAAAAAGAAAUCUCAAUCGUACACGUUUGCAUAGCGUGCAUUCGUAAAGAGCUGAACGUAAUAUGUUUAGAGUUCAUCUGUUAAUUUCGCCUUUAUUGAUGCCUCUACAAUGCAACCUUUUAACAUUAGUUUCAGAUCUGCAACUUGCCAUUCAAUUUAAAAGAUUGCUGAUAUAUUUUAGUGCAUUUUACUGAAUCUGUAUGUCGAUCAUUAGGCCUAUUAUCCGGAGGAAGUGCAAUAUUUAUUUUAUUUAAGAUUGGUGAAAGGAAACUAACCCAUUUUUACGAAAAAACAACAAUGUGCAAUAUGAAAAAAAAUAUUUCUCUCGAAUUCUUGUGUCAUCCAUUUACACCUUGACAAAAAGAUAGUAGAGCUGU